CUCCCGUUCCCUCCUCAGCGAUUCACACUGAGAGGAAAAGGCGUGCGUCUCGAGGUUCUUCACGAGCAACCAUCAGACCGUCGUUCGUCUCAUCAACAAAGUUCUUCUUUGUCACUGUCCUGGCCACCAACGAUAUACAUCCCAGCAUCCUCCAGCUCAACGUUGCUAGUCGCUUUUGUCCCUUCAGUCGCCGUCUCCUUUGUUUCCGCUUGCCUAAUCCAUCUGUACAUCUGUUUCUCCAUCAUCGCACUGCAGUAAUCAUCCUGCGACAGCUUUCGCUGUCGCCUAUCUUUCCUCGACUUCUCCUUGGCAUCGCCUGCCUCUCAACACUAUUCGACAACUAGAAUGAGCAGCAAACCCGCCAUCAUCCAAGCGCCGACAGCUGCAGGGAGUAGUUUGUCGGGUGUACCACUAGGAAACAUCCCGCUGGGGCAGGGAUUUUACGUCCCGGCUGACCCGAUUGAGCAAUACCACCAGAUCGACAUCUUCCGGUUCAUCAUCCUCGCUGCUUGUGGAGCCCUAAUUUGGGAGCACAUUGUCACGAUUCACGAAGAGAUUUACCGGUGGAAGCAGCUCUUUAGCGGUCGCCCCACUUGGGUCGGCACGCUAGUCUUGAUAUCGAGGUACUCCAUAUGGGGAAGUGCGAUUUCUACCUUCUGGUUUUUCUUUCCCCCGGAAAAUGUUGUCAACUGCCAAGCUAGUAUCACCAUCAUCUUCGCGUUCAUGGCCAUCACCUACAUCUGCCUAGCAAAUAUCUUUAUUUUGCGCCUGCGAGCGCUGUGGGGCGGUAGUGGCCCGCAAUACCUCGUGCCAGUGUUGUAUGCAAUGAUGUUUGUCGUCUCUGGGUGCUGGAUUGGGUCCGUUGCCGGCUUCCACGGCCAAGCCAUCCCUCCGAUGCUCCAGGUGCGCCACGGGCCGGUCUGCAUGCCUGCGCCGGCGCCGUAUUGGAGAGUGCUCGGCUGGACGGCUGCCGCUAUUUUCGACGUUGUCCUCUACGUCCUGACGCUGAUCAAGGUCCAGCAGCUUCGUCAUUUUGCCGCAUUGCAAGACAAUGCAUCCAUCAAAACGCUCCGCCGCUUCGUCUUCAAUUCGAGUACAGCCUACUUCCUCGUCUCGUUCAGCUGCAACAUCAGCUGCAUCUUCAUCCUCUCGUUUUACCGCAACAUGAUCCUGCAAAAUAUCCCCAUUCUCGUCUCGGCCAUCAUGAACGCUAUCAUCGCCUGCAGAGUCGUAUUCCACUCCGACCUGUUCUCUGACGGCAAGACCGGCUUGCUCGUUAUUGACCCUUUGCGCCGCUCGAUGAGCUCCAGGCGGCGGGAUCGCGUCGUCGGACGGAUGACGACGGCAGACAUGCUGCAAGCACAGCGAGGGGUUAGAGGCGUUCCAGUCGUGGUGUACACCGGCGCCGUUGCCGUGGAUGACAACCCGCCUGCAUUCCGCGACUACGAGGCCAAGAUAUCACCACCGUCAAUCGUGUCUUCGCCCGAUGCUGAUCAGCCCGGUGGCUUCGAUCACCGUGCGCAACAGUUCGGCAGCUUGUCCCGCCCAUAUAGCAGCCAAUCCUUUUCCUCUGGCAUUCGCCGCACACUCAGCGCGAGUGGCAGUCUUCACGGCGUCCAUAUGCCUUUGCAACAGCAAUCGAGCGGAUCAGCCCAGAUUGCCAUCAAGCGCCAGCACUCGGCUUCCAGCUGGGUCGGCGCCGCUGUCUCUUCCAACGAGCGACAGUCGUCAGCAUCGUCCUUCGAGCGGUUGUUGCAGCACACACCGCGGCAGCUGAAACGUGGGCGAUCGCCUAGCGUCACGCGCACCAUCACUCCCACGCCGGAGAUGACGCGCGAGAUCAUCAUCGCUGUCAGCAGCGAUCAUAUUGGAUCAGCCAGCGCAAAUGGACAUGCAGAUACUGCUUCAGGGUCUGCUGGACACGCUGCGCCUCCGGUCUCUGGCAUUCGAGCGGGCACGCCAGAUAGUCAGCAGCACGGUGGCAAAAAGUAUAUUCCCAUGGGUCAGUUCCACCAGCAUGGGCGAUAGACGGCGUCAGUAACUCCGCGUCGUCAAGCUCCACCACUUCUGCCUCUGCUCCGGCUCUUACAAGCAUGCUCGUUUCCAGUACCAUUGCUACACGCGCACCCUCCAAUCACUAAAUCAACUGCUUGCUUAGUCGC